GUUAAACAUCGGAAAAAAAGCUACAUGAAUUGUCAAGUGCAAUCAUUAUGUGCACACUUGACUUUUUCUUAACUAAUAAGGAUGCCUCCAAGAAAGUUGUUGAGGGAAGAAAGGUUAAGCAAACAAGAGGACUGAAAUCACCUAGAUAAUAAUAUGUUGCAUUCACCUGGCUUGAGGGAAGCAACACAAGCAUUUGUUCAAGGUUGCUGCUCAAACCCAUCUUCUAACAUGCCUGAGCUUUCAGACACCACCACUCCCAAGCCCAUAGGUACUUUGGCAGCCUGUCGCCGCAACUUCAUAGAAUCUACUGAUUCUUUCUUCUUCCCAAAUGCCCAAUUCACCAACCAUGAAUCUCUUCCUUCGUUGAAGGAUUCAUUCACUCAGUUUAAGAAAGCAUUUCCACAGUUUUCAGAGACUAACAAGGUUGACCUCAUCAGAGCAACAGAAUACAACCAUCUCUCCCAGUCUAAUCAUGUUUGCUUGGAUUAUCUUGGCAUUGGCCUAUUCUCCCACUCACAGACCAUUCCAGACUGCUCUUCUUCUUCUCCGCCGCCUCAGUCUUCGGAUUUUCCAUUCUUUAGGACAUUGUACAAGUCAGUGAAUCUGAAGACACAGCUACUUCAUGGUGACGAUGGUUCAGAACUGGAAUCUGCUAUCAAGAGAAGGAUUAUGAAUUUCCUUAAUAUCUCGGAAAAUGAUUAUUGCAUGGUUUUUACAACGAAUAGAUCAUCAGCUUUUAAACUUGUGGCUGAGUCUUAUCCGUUUCGUGCCAGUCGGAAGCUUCUCACUGUCUAUGACUAUGAGAGUGAGGCUGUGGAAGGUAUGAUAAAUACAUCAGAGAAAAGAGGAGCAGAGGUCAUCUCAGCUGAAUUCAAAUGGCCCAGGUUUAGAAUUCACUCUGAGAAACUGAGGAAGAUGUUGGUAGGGAAGAAGAAGAAAAAGAAACACAGGGGAUUGUUUGUCUUUCCUCUUCAAUCAAGAAUUACUGGAACGACCUACUCAUUCCAAUGGAUGAGGACAGCACAGGAAAAUGGGUGGCACGUCCUGCUUGAUGCUUGUGCAUUGGGGCCAAAGGACAUGAACAGCUUUGGCCUCUCACUCCUUCACCCUGAUUUCCUGGUUUGCUCGUUCUAUAAAGUCUACGGAGAAAACCCAACUGGAUUUGGGUGCCUCUUUGUAAAAAAAUCAAUUAUACCAAUCUUGGAAGACUCCACAUCAACAGGUAUGGUUAAUAUUGUACCAUCAGAUAUGCUAUUUAGGUCUUUUGCAAGUUCUCCAGUUACAGAUACAGAGCUUGAACAAGCCUCCAGAAUGGGAAGAGAUGAAGCUGGUGUGAUGAACCACAGUUCUCUCUUAGAUAAUACCUCGCUUCAAACCAAAGUACCUGCAAGAAUUAAAGCUAAAAAACUCUUUGAGAUUGGAAGUUCAAAGAUUAGUGGUAAUGCAAAUGGAAAAAGUAAAGAAGUUAGUAAAUCAGUACUACUCACUGUACAGGAGAAACCCAAUCUUGGUGAAAAUGAGUGCUUGGAAAUCAAAUGUAGAGGCUUGGAUCAUGUGGAUUCAUUGGGACUGGUCCAGAUCAGUAACAGAAUGAGGUGCUUGAUAAAUUGGCUAAUAAGCGCACUAAUAAAACUCCAGUAUCCUCAUACCGAGAACAAGAUAUCCUUGGUUAGAAUCUAUGGGCCGAAGGUCAAAUUUGACAGGGGACCAGCUCUGGCGUUUAAUGUAUAUGACUGGAAAGGUGAGAAGGUUGAACCAGUUCUUGUUCAAAAGCUUGCCGACCGGAGCAAUAUAUCUCUCAGCAAUGGAUUCUUACAUCAAAUUUGGUUUUCGGACAACUACGAAGAAGAGAAGGACAGAUUCCUAGAGAGCAGAUGUGAAGAAAAAGAGAGAGGUAAACACAAGAAAACUUGUAAUGGAAUAACUGUUGUCACAGCUGCAUUUGGGUUCCUUGCCAAUUUCGAAGACGCUUACAGGCUUUGGUCUUUUAUUGCUCGGUUCCUGGACGCUGACUUUGUGGAGAAGGAAAGAUGGAGAUAUACAGCUCUGAAUCAGAAAACAGUUGAAGUCGGCUUUAAUGAAGGAAAAUCUGGUUGUGGAAGGUACUUCACCAGGAAGGGGUUUAUCAAUCAAAAUCACAAGGUAAAGCCACCAGGCACUAAGAAGAGAACCCCAGAUAGCAGCAUCUGGUGGCAUGGGCAUACUCCUGACAAUGUUUUGCGCUUCAUCCAGAAGAUCAGCCUUACAAAGUAAAUCGACUAUACAUCCAUAAUGCUCUAAUCCAGGAGAGAUAUUAUAAUUUUCCAUUUGAUAGAAGUGCCAAAGACCUUCAUCUGCCAUACCAGAAUGACAACAAGCUGUUAGAAUGGAAAGAAAUGUCACUUUGUUAGGCCUCAACCCAGCUCUGACCAUGAGCUCAAAAUGUUUAAGGACAUCACUCCCAUAUCCAUGCAUUGCUAGACCGCCAAGCAAGGCAUUCCAUGUCAAAACAUUCCUGCUAGACAGCUUAUCAAAGGUUCUUAAAGCCAUUUCUAUACAAC